AUGAAGUUUUACCGUAUUUUUUUUCAAUCAAUUCAUAUUCAUACUGAUUCUGAUAUGACAACAGGUGAAACUUAUUUAUUAACAUUAUUUAAAUAUCAAAUAACUAGUUGGUUUGGUACAACUUCACAUUUUAUUAUAAAUAAUAUUGGUGAAAUAAAAAUUGUUGAACAAUGUCGUUUAAUUGUUUCUUUUCUUACAAUUGUUCUUGAUUUAUGUAGUCGAGAAAAAGAUCUAUGUCAAUAA